AAGAUUUUGGCCAGCUGUUGUCAACCGGUGGUUAUGGAGAUGUGGGUAAAGUCACAAGCAAAUACCGAUAUGGUUGGUCGCUAUAGUGCGCUACUUUCUCAUAAAGUGUGGAAAUGCUUUGGGUUGGUGCAUUUAUUCUUACGUUCUGUCCGAUUGCAGCUGUGCAUUUCGGAUUAUUUCUAAUGUGAUAUGAUCUGAGAUGGUCAUGACUCGAGGAGGCGGUGCCUUGACAUUUCGUCCAGAUUUAAUUUCCCUUGAGUGUUCUCGGAGAAUGGCCUCCAUCCUGAUGUGAACUAUGGCACAUGACCGGAAGACACUUUACAUGGUUCUGGUCCCAAAGCCGAACUGCAUCUUUAUGCAAGACAGUCCCCCUCCACAUGCUUCUCAAAGUGCGACAGACUUCCGGGCUUGAAAAGGAUUCUCUACAAGCAAGCUGAUGACUUGGCCACCAUCUUCACCCGACCUGAACCCCAUCAAAAACAUGUGGGUGCUGGUGAAGAAACAAAAGCAUUUUACGGGGAGAUGCAACGCAGGAGUACAUCAGCUGUGGGACACCAUCCAAACACACAGGCAGAAGAUGCCGCGUAAGAUCGGCUUUGCAGUGGUGAGCUCCUCCAGUCACGAGGACAACUUCAGCGCCAAGGAGCUGAUGGUUCAUGUGCCCACAGUCAGUGGCUGGAGGUCAGCCAGGCUCUGCCCUUAUCCCCAGGAGGUAACCCUGCGCCUUGUGGAACGCAGCCGUGUGCGGAGGAUCCAGCUGCUGGCCCACCAGCACCUGAUCCCCUCUAAGAUCGAGUUCCACAUGGGCGAUAACCCUGUCGGACCGGGCCACUUCCACAGGCUCGGGUAUGUGUCACUUUCGGACAAUGAGAAAACUGGCUAUAAGGCACGGGAAUUGAAGUCUGUUCAUGUGGAUGCUGUCGGAACACACCUGCGACUGACAUUCCACAAAAACUACGCCAGUCCCCAUAACCUGUACAAUCAGGUUGCACUGAUUGCUGUGAAUGUUCUGGCAGACGCGGUGGACAGCGAUUUGCCGCAUGUGUCUCUUACUACAGAUCAACUGAUUGAACAUUAUCUCAACAAUACUCAGCAGGAUACGUCACUGAAUGGGACAUAUUUAGGAAAACACGAUUCCAUUUCACCCUUGGAUGACCUGGCCUUCCACAUAUACCAGGAUCCUGCAGUGGCCCAGAUCAUCCGGCGGCUAGAUGAGAGGAAACAGGAAUGCGUGCAGCAGGAGCAGUACGGCCUGGCCAAGACGUUGAAGCAAGCCGCGGCCGACCUGCAGAAGGUCGGGGAGCGACUGGCCCGCCUUGAUGUGGAGAAACAUUGCGCCAUCGAGAAGGAAGACUAUGACACAGCAGAGCAGAAGAAAGCGCAGAUGGAAGAGUACCGGCUGAAAGUUUACCAGCAGCUGCAGCUGCUCAAUCUGCUCGACAUAUCCCAGAUUGUUGACUUUCACGACAAGAAGAUGGAGGCAUCCUUCAUCCCAUCGCAGGAGAUGCAGUCAGAGCUUCCACAUGACAUCCAGACGGAAGUGACGCAAGAAAAGCCCCUGGGCUCUCAGUGGAGCGCCUCAAGCCCCUUGGUCUCGCAGUGCAGCCAUAGCGCCCAGCUGGCAUCCCCAGCCCCUCCAGAGGCUCCCCAGACUGGUGCCAGCAGGCUGCCUUAUGACGAGAUACCCCUGCCAACAUUGCAUAACCCUCCGGAGGGAGAUCAGCCACAGCUGCCACAGCCGAGCCAGAGCGGAGACCCUCCAGGCAGCCCGGGUGUCCAAGGAGAGCCUGACCCCCUCACAGAGAAAGCGCAGCGGGAAGCCGGCCUCCCCAUCGAGGUGUACGGGGAACGCCUGGUUGCAGGCAUCUAUUCAAAGGCCUGGUCACACCGGGAGAGCGCCCUGCUGGCUGUUUAUAAGAAGCUGUCAGAGAUGCCGGCAGGGACCCCCAAGGAGGAGGUCAGGACCACGCUCAGGGUGACCGUGUUCCUGCUCAGGAGGGCUCUUAAGGACCAGGUUUACUCUGUUUUCGAAGCAUCACUGAAGCUACUGGGGAUGGUUCUGACCCAAUUCAUUCCCAAACACAAACUGGGCAAAGUGGAGACUGCACACUGCAUCGAGCAGGUCUGGCCCAACCUCAUCUCCAGAACCGGUGACUUUUCCACCAGGCUGCGACUCGUGGCGACUGAUUUUAUCCAGGAAAUGGCCCUCUUUAAGGAGGUGAGACCCCUGCAGAUUAUUCCUGGGGAGCUAGUGAAGCCCAUCCCAUCAGGUUCCCUGACCCGACUGGCACUUAGCCGCGCCCAGCUGGUGGAGCGACUGCUGCCGGACGUCGCAUUCAGCGUCAACAGUGUCAUGCAGUUCUCCAUAGCCGCUCUGGAGCACAGUGCCGCUGCAGUGCGUGAGACGGCCGUGCGCAUCAUUCUGGCUGCAUACGGGCAGUACGGGGAGGCCGUGCGUGCCUUUCUACCAUCAGACGAGGCCAGCGCACGCAGAAACAUGGUCUACAGGAAGAUCUUCGAUGGACUGGCAGAAUUAGACGGCACACCCAUCGGACUGCGAAGAGGAACGCUGAAGAGAGACAGCAUGCAGAAAGUGGAAAAAGAGAAGAAAGAGGAAAUUCUAAGCUUGCAGGAGCAAGUAGCAGUGCUGUCGGAGAUCAGUGAAAAAGCGAAAGGCAAGCAGAACGCCAAGGGCAACGAGAAGAUCGUCAAGCUUCCCAGAGCAGGUGCCAGAAAGAUUCAUAGCGUCAGUCCUUCACACAUGGGCGGUGACCGGUCAACCGCUGCUGGUUAUUUGGACAGCCUGUGCAUCUUCUGUGGAGAGAGGAGUGACUCCUUCACGGAGGAGGGCCUGGACCUGCACUAUUGGAAGCACUGUCCCAUGCUGUGCCGCUGCCACCACUGCAGACAGGUGGUGGAGAUCGCCGGCCUCACAGAGCACCUGCUGGCGGAGUGCGAAGGCCGAGCAGCAUUUGCCGCGUGCCCGCUGUGUGGAGAGGCCGUGGCACGCGGCUCUCUGGCCGCCCACUCCCAGAGCCCGGGUUGCCAGCCUCCCGGACCAGAGAGAAAAGCCAACCAUUGUCCAUUAUGCCAUGAUAAUUUUGCUUCGGGAGAGGAGGCCUGGAAGUCUCACCUCCUGGGUCCGGAUGGCUGUAAGCAGAACUCACGGAGGACAGCGGCCUUGCAGAGAGCGAGGCUUCCACAAGGAAAGACCAGCACCUUGAGGAAGACAAAGGAGGCAUCUCUAGGGCCCAAAGCACGACUGGUGGGUGGCAUGAGCAGGGCACCCGGAGCCAAGGCUGGACACAGAGGAACAGCCCGGCGCCUGCCCGUAAUAAGACGUUAAUGCUCUUCGACCCUAGUAGCACUGGCGAAUCUCUCUCCGUAUGAAUGAUCCAAACCUCACUGGGCGCCUUGUUUAUUUAUAGCUCAGUGGUGCGGAUUCAGAUUCACGUUGGUCCAUAGAGCACUUUUGCCAAAAGAUUUACCUUUUUUGUUUUUUGUUGAAUUGACAUAUUUGCGGUUGCUUCUGCAUCUCUGUGUCCAGAUUACAUACUGAAUCUGUACUGAAGCAUUUAGCUGGAGUGUCGUCUUUCAGCUUGUCACAGCCAAAGAAAUAUAUAACUUACAGAGUUUGCGGAGUGACGUGCAUCACUUGUGUUAUCUGAGCGCCUUACAUGGAGAGAGAUUUUUUUUGGUUCUCGGUUUUAAAAAAAAAAAAUCGUCGCAAAGAACACUUUAUUAAUUUGCAAACAGGAUAACAUAAACAUUUAAAGUUUAUUGUUUAAAUACCCUUUGCAUAUUACACAUUUAAAUAUCCGCGCAGUAUUGAAUAUGUUUACAAGAAAAAUUUUGUAGAAAGUGGUUUUCUCUACAGUUAUUUUUUACUUGUUAACCCUAAACCUAACCCUAACCCUAACCCUGCUGUAGUUCGCACAUUUCAAAUGUGAAUAUUGUAACUGAUAUUUCAGAGAGAAAUGAGAAGUAUAUAUAUAUUUUGUUCACUUGUGACUUUCCUAUUGUGCAAUAUUUUCUUUGUAAAUGUUUAUAACUUACUUUUUAGAUACAAGCCCGUAGUACAGAAACACCAGUACUGUAGCCAUCCUUAGAUAACAGAGGCUUACAAGCGUAAGUUGUGCCUAAUUAAGGUAACUUAAGGACAGAUGACACAUUUGGCUCUUACGCCAGGCACAAAAACAACAAUUCAGUUCGUAGUCCAUAGGGCCAGAUUGGCUUAUUCCAUAUAAUCAGAAACCAUUCAUCAAACAAAAGUGUAAAAUGUCUCUCCAAGGAAACCUUGUAUUUUUACACAUAACGUUUGUAAGUUAGAAUUGCAAAAUUCAUUGUGUCUGAUGCUUUUCUUAGGACAUAAGUUUAAGGACAUUAGGUAAAAGUGUUGUGAUUUAUAUUGUGAUGUAUGUUAGUAUAGUUUUCUGUAAUUGCACAGGUGAAUGUAUAUUCUUACAUUGCCAAUAGCACUUUCACAUUUCCGGACCUGCAUACUGUAAUUGUGAAAUACUCUCAGUUUAGCUCUUGCUACUUGUGAUAUGUAAAGUUGUAACAAUAAUGAUAGUUAAAUUUAAAUCAAUAGUAAUUAAUAUGUAGUACUUGCUAAUUGAUUACAUCAGUUACAGUUUGCUCCAAGUCUCUAUAGCCAACUUUAUGGUAACACUUUAGUUUGUCGGAUACUUAACUAUUAAUAAACUAUUAUUAAUUAUUUGAUAAUAUAUUUGUAAAUAAAAAAAUUCACUUUCAAAUUUAGAAAUGUAUUACAAAGAUUGUCUUUCAAAGUGUUUACGAAAGAUCUUGUAAAUGCUCAGUUAUUCAUCAAAUCUGAGUAUAUUUAGUGAUUUUAAAGCUGUUUUGUAAAUACCAGGAGCCAGAUAUGACUGUAAUACUUUUCUAAAUUAGUUUGAAAAUUAGUUUUUCUGUGUAUGAAUAUAUUAUCAAAUGAUGAGUAACAGUUUAUUAAUAUUUAUGAAGCAUACCAUAAAAAUUAAACUACCACAUUUUCUUUUGAUAUUUGAUGUUUUCGAACAUAUUUUUGCAACCAGAUGCACAUCACUUUCAGUAACUAUCCUUUUAAGUUUUUAGUUGUUUGGAAAAAACAGAAUUUGUCUUUGGAAAAGAGGGAACUCAGUGAGAAUGUUUUAUUAUUGUUGCGUUAUUGAAGCUGAGUAAUAACUUCUACACAUUGUAUUGUUUUGCCUGGUUUGCUGGAAUAGAAACACUGAGUACAUGUGUGAGUACACUGAGUACACAGGCUUGUUUUUUCCUGUUCCAGAAUUGACAGGUGACAGUGCCGGUGUUCUGACGAGUUGAGCUACCUAUCGCGACGUGCUGUCGAGCCUUUCUGCGCAUGUGCACUUCCACCGUCUUGGAAUUCGGGUUAGGUUUUAGGGGUUAGUGUAAAGGGUUUAGGGGUUCUUUUAGGGUUAGGGUUAGGGCUAUCGAUUAGCACUAUGGUAGCCUAACUCGAUAGAACACCGGCCCUGAAAUCCCAGGUAUCAAAUUAACGGACAAGGCAGAAUCCCAGGUAUCAACCUUUUGAUACCUUUUAUCAACCAAUUUUUUCUGCAGGAAAUCUACUCUGGCGUAUUAUAGUUUUCUAACUGAUACGUUUGUCCAAAAACAUUUUGUCAGUUUCACUCAAAAUACCCAAUUACUUGUAAAGCGUUGAAACAGUUUCACUGAAUUUGAACAGGAAAACUUCUGUCCUACCUACUGUCUCCAUCACCAGUUUUUAAUAAAGUUGUAACUUCUGUUGGCAAA